AUGAACGUGUCCAUCUUCUCUUCGCUGCUCCUCUCCAUGAGCGUGUUGUGCGUCCUCCUCGUGACGUCCGCCAGGUCCGCCCCCAUUACCGCCGCUCCCCCUGCCACCGGCAACACCUCCUGCGAGAUCUGUGAGCUGGUGGUGGGCGUCAUCGCGGUUGCGGAGAGCAGUUUCAACGCCAGCCUCCAGCAAGUGAUCAUCAUCGUCAACAACCUCUGCCUCCUCAUCGGCGGUGGCGUCAUUGGCGCUGAGUGUGGGUUCCUGACCGGAGCCAUCAACCAGAUCAUCCAGUGGCUCGCUGCCGAGCUGACCCCGGUCGACAUCUGCCAGAGGCUCCACUUCUGCAACUCCACGGCACCGAUCCCCAUGGUCUCCGCGACCGACAGCAAGAGCCUCGAACUCCUCAGCACCCUCCUCUUCCAGAAGGCCCAGUUCCUCGCCCAGAACCAAUAA